GUAUAAUCAUAUUUGCCCUAUCAUACACAAACAGGAGGAAAUAUGUUAUUAUGGAGGCUGGAAUUGCGCAGUGCUUGGAUACCUAUUUACCCGUCAAGUGCCUGGGUAAUAAUUGAUAGAUUUCCUGAGAGGACAAAAACGGGCCCAGAUGGGGCCAAGUGGGUUAUACCACAGUUGCAAACGGCUCGGAGUGAGGUAAGAGACACAGUUCACUUGUUUAACAGUUGGAAAGUCGUCCAGUUCUCUGGCACCAUGAAAGUACCAUGGAUUGUUUUGGCGCUUGUGUUGUUCUGUCAGCCACAGUGGACAGCAGCUGCUCCAGGUGCAGGACUGCACACAUGGGAUAGAUUUAGCAAACUUCCAUAUCCCGGCGACAAAGCCUUCCUCUAUGACACUUUCCCUGACAAGUUUAUGUGGGCUGUCGGCACAGCUGCCUAUUCAGUUGAAGGAGCCUGGGAGAAAGACGGGAAGGGUACGUCCAUCUGGGACACUUUCACUCGAGGAGGGACCCGGGUAUCCAGAGGCGACGUUGGCAGUGACAGUUAUCACAAUAUCCCGGGAGAUCUCCGAGCCCUGCAGCAACUUGGAGUUAGUCACUAUCGUUUUUCUCUGUCCUGGCCUCGCAUCUUCUCCAACGGCACCAAAGAAAGUUACAACAAAAAAGGUGUGGAGUAUUAUAAAAAUCUAAUUCGUGGAUUGAAGGAAAUUAAAGUGCAGCCCGUGGUGACUUUGUAUCAUUGGGACCUGCCAGACAGUUUGCAGACCCUGUUUGGAGGAUGGAGCAAUUUGAUUAUGGUCGAACUUUUCCGGGAAUAUGCAGAUUUUUGUUUUAAAACAUUUGGAUCUGAUGUGAAAUUUUGGAUUACCAUUGACAAUCCUUUUGUCGUGGCCUGGCAUGGAUAUGGAACUGGGGUUGUGGCACCUGGUAUCAAAAAUGACUCCGAUUUGCCUUUCAGAGUUGGACAUAAUCUACUGAAGGCUCAUGCAGCAGCCUGGCACUUGUAUGAUGACCUUUAUCGUUCCAGUCAGGGUGGGCAAGUGUCCAUGGCUCUGGCCUCCCACUGGAUCAAACCUAGCAGAACCAGACAGGAGAACAGCAAAGCCUGUCAGUGUUCUCUGGACUUUGUGCUCGGCUGGUUCGCCCGUCCGUUGUUUGUGGACGGAGACUAUCCACCUUGCAUGAAACGCAAUUUGACCCACAGACUGCCGUCCUUCACGGAGACCGAGAGCUUGUAUGUUAAUGGAACGGCGGACUUCUUUGCCCUGUCUCACGGACCUGCUCUUAGUUUUCAGCUGAUCAAUGACAGUCUGCGAUUUGGCCAGACAGAAGACUUAGGUCUGAGGAUGCUGCUGUACUGGGUCCGAGCCGAGUACAACAAUCCUCCCAUCUUUGUGGUGGAGAGUGGCUGGUAUGGAAGUGGCAACAUGAAAACAAAGGAUGCCAAGCAUAUGUAUUACCUAAAGCGCUUUAUUAUGGAGACUCUAAAAGCAAUCCGCCUUGACAAAGUAAACGUGAUUGGCUACACAGCCUGGUCUCUGUUGGAUGGGUAUGAGUGGUAUCGUGAAUAUGGAAUACGACGAGGGCUAUUCUAUGUGGAUUUCAACACUCCUGAUCUGAAAAGAGAGCCAAAGACAUCUGCCACUUUCUAUAGCAAACUCAUAGAGAAGAAAGGCUUCCCCCAGCUGCCCGAGAACCGCCCUGCACAAGGCGUCUUUCCCUGUGACUUUGCCUGGGGAGUUGCAGCCAACUCAAUACAGGUUGAUACUAUACCUACCCAGUUUGCCGACCCUAGCGUUUACAUCUGGAACAUUUCUGGUAACGGAGAGCUGAAAAAGGUCCCGGGUGUGCUGGCGCCCUCUGUGCGCAGGACACACCAAUGCGCCAAUUACGGCAGCAUUCUCCAGCAGGUGUCUGACGUGCACCGUAUGCAGGUCUCACACUUCCACUUCUCCCUCAACUGGUCCUCCAUCACCCCAACAGGCAGGAUGUCUGAUGCUAAUGAAACACUUCUAAGAUACUACCAUUGCUUUGUCAGUGAGCUACAAAAGGUUAGCAUAACCCCUGUUGUGACCCUUUGGCACCACACAGGGAAACUGUCCAGCCUGCCGGCACCCAUUGAGGCUGGUGGCGGCUGGCAGAGCGAGGAGACAGUCCAGGCCUUUGCAGACUAUGCCAGGUUGUGUUUCCAACGACUUGGAGCUCAUGUCAAGCUGUGGAUCACGCUGAAUGAACCUAACGAUGAGGAUCUUGAAUACACUGUGGGUCACCAGCUGCUCCGUGCGCAUGCUUUAGCUUGGCAUGUCUAUGACAGCGAGUUUCGUAAAGCUCAAGGCGGCAAGGCAUCAUUGGUUCUUCAUAUGGACUGGGUCGAACCUGCGUUUUCUUUCAACAGAGAGGACGUUGAGCCUGCAAACCGAGUCCUGGACUUUCGAGUAGGCUGGUUUGCAGAGCCCAUCUUCGGAAGUGGCGACUACCCAGCGGUGAUGCGUAGUUGGCUCCAACAGCGAAACAAUAUUGAUCUCUUCAACUACCACUUACCCACAUUUAGCAAUGAAGAUCGGCUGUUGGUUAAAGGAACCUACGAUUUCUUCGCCAUCAGCCAUUUUACUACCUCAAUGGUGUAUGAUGGAGUGGAAGACAAAUACACUUUCAAGGACAAGCUGCAGGUACAGCUGAUAUCUGACGUGACCUGGAUCAUGUCUCCAAGACGCAACUCUCCUGUUGUCCCCUGGGGUCUUCGCAAGGCACUGAACUGGGUUAACUCUCGAUACAAAGGGGUUCCCAUUUAUGUGAUGGCCAAUGGAGUUCAGGAGGACAUUGCUAGGUUUAAGGAUAGCUUGCGGAUCUACUACCUUUACAACUACAUUAAUGAGGCCUUGAAAGCAUAUACUCUGGAUGGAGUCAAUUUGAAGGGCUAUUUUGCCUAUGCGUUCAGUGACCGGCGGGACCCAGGCUUUGGCAUGUAUGGUCAUGUGCAGGAGGAGGUCAUUUCAAAAUCUUCACUGGCCCAUUAUAAAAACAUCAUCCACCACAACGGUUUCCCUGCCCCAGGCACGCCUCAUCAACAGUGUCCCCUUGCUGCAGUGCACGGCUCUGGACGUUAUGUCCUCACCAAGCAGCCUGUCAUUGGCUUUCUCUCUCUGGUGAGCUCUUGCAUGCUGAUCACAGUGGGCCUUGUUAUCUACUACUCAGUCAAGAGACACAAAUUAACCACCAAAAAAUGAAAGGAAAUGGUUUCAGGGGACUCCUAUAUCUCUUAAUUUAUUUGUUUUAAUGGUUAGUUUGACAACAUACAUAUUAUACUUUCAAGUUUUUCUUAAAUUGUAGUACUUAUGGAAUUUUGCAAUGUGUACUAAAUGAACCAUGAAGACCUGGACAAUUAUUUAACUGCAGCUUUACCGUGUAAAAACACUAUUUAUUUAAGUAUAUUUGCAAUAUUUGGUCAAGUCUGCACAACAGUUUUUCAUUUUGCAUGAGUUGUAAAAUAAAAGUUAUGGGGGAAAAGUAUUUUAUUCUGUUAUGGUGUAUUACAGGCCUUACUGUGGUUAGCUUAGCUAAGUUAUGUCACACUCAUACUCAC